UCUCUCCCCACCCCAAAGGCAGGAAUUUCUGGGAUGGGCAGAUGGUCCACCGCCUCUUCCUCCUCCUUCUCCAAGCCCGAGUGAGUAGGGCGGGGAAAAAACCUCCGCAACGUCCCGUCUCCAGCCCAGAAGCCCGGGUGUCGGCACACUGUGGCGACAGGGACGACGGCGUGGGCCUCCGGGAGGCUGGGGUGGCAAGGCCCGGGCAGGCGUGGAGCACCGAGGGGGCUGCGCUCCCGCCUCCAGCGCCGCGGCCCCGCGCUCGGGCUUUGGCGCUGGGCCCCCGCGACCGUGACUCCGGGCGCCCGGCGAGCCCAGUGGUUAGCGAUGCUGUUGCUGCGGUCGCUGCCGCCCCUGCUGCUUCUGCUGGGGGCGCCACGGAGCCUCGCCGAGGGCGCGGUGACCGCGCUUACCCCCGAGUCGGUCCUCGAGUGGCAGGGAAUCUGAUGGUAGAACUUUCCAUUUCAGUGACCCUUGGUUCAGCUGAUAAAGGAAUAUUCAUUAUCCAGAGUGAAAGCCUCAAGAAAUGCAUUCAAGCAGGCAAAUCUGUACUGACCCUGGAGAACUGCAAACCACCGAACAAGCACAUGCUGUGGAAAUGGGUUUCAAACCACCGCCUCUUUAACAUAGGAGGCAGUGGCUGCCUAGGCCUGAAUUUAUCUAAUCCAGAGCAGCCAUUGAGCAUAUACGAGUGUGAUUCCACUCACAUUUCCUUGAGAUGGCUCUGUAACAGGAACAUGCUCACCGGCCCUCUCAAGUACACGGUCCAGGUGAACCACAACAACAUGCUUGUGGCCUCAUGGAAAUAUCUUCACAAGUGGAUUUCCUAUAUGUCAGAUGGUGGAAGCAUUUGUGAAUAUCUGCACAAAGAUUUGUACACAAUCAAAGGGAACGCCCACGGGACACCAUGCAUGUUUCCCUUCCAGUAUAACCGACAGUGGCAUCAUGAAUGCAUCCGGGAAGGCCACUUACUGUGGUGCGCCACGACCAGCCGAUAUGAACGAGAUGAGAAGUGGGGAUUUUGCCCAGAUCCCACGUCCGCAGAGGUGGGUUGUGAUGCCAUCUGGGAGAAGGAUCUCAAUUCACACAUUUGCUACCAAUUCAACCUGCUUUCCUCUCUUUCCUGGAAUGAGGCACAUUAUUCAUGCCAGAUGCAAGGAGGAGCUUUACUAAGUAUUGCAGAUGAGAACGAAGAAAAUUUCAUAAAGAAGCACUUGGGCAGUGAAGCAGUGGAAAUGUGGAUAGGUCUGAAUCAGCUGGAUGAAAACGCUGGCUGGCAGUGGUCUGAUAGAACACCGCUCAACUAUCUGAACUGGAACCCAGAAAUAGAUUUUGAGCCAUUUGUUGAAUAUCAGUGUGGAACAUUUAAUUCAUUUAUGCCAAAUGCCUGGAGGAGUCGGGAUUGUGAAUCCGCCUUGCCUUAUAUAUGUAAAAAAUAUCUAAACCACACUGAUCAAGAAGAGAUUGAAAAAGGUGCUUGGAAAUAUUAUGCUACCCACUGUGAGCCUGGCUGGAAUCCCCACAGUCGUAACUGCUAUAAACUUCAGAAAGAAAAAAAGACCUGGAAGGAAGCUUUGCAUUCUUGCCAGUCUGAUAACAGUACAUUGAUAAACAUUGCUUCAUUAGCAGAUGUGGAGUUUCUUGUAACCCUCCUUGGAGAUGAAAAUGCAUCAGAAACAUGGAUUGGUUUGAGCAGCAAUAAAAUUCCAGUUUCCUUUGAAUGGUCUAAUGGCUCCUCAGUCACCUUUACUAAUUGGCACACACUUGAGCCCCAAAUUUUUCCAAAUAGAAGCCAGCAAUGUGUCUCAGCAGAGCAAUCUACACCGGUAUUUCACUUAGCAUGUCCACAGAACAGGAGCCAACAUUUGGACAGGAAAAUUAUAUUUAAGAGAGAGGGACACUGGAAAGUUAAAAAUUGUGAAGAAACACUUUUUUACAUUUGUAAGAAAGCAGGCCAAGUCCCUUCUGACACUGAAUCAGGCUGUCGAGAGGGAUGGGAGAGACAUGGUGGAUUCUGUUACAAAAUUGACACUGUUCUUCGAAGUUUUGACCAUGCCUCCAGUGGUUAUUACUGUCCUCCUGCACUUGUAACCAUUACAAAUAGCUGCCAGGCAGAAGGAAGCCUUUAUCUUCAACUUGCCCACCCACCCAAAAUGUUUCAAGAACACCUUGGAUUAGAAAUCCUCCAGUUUGAACAGGCUUUUAUUACCAGUUUGAUCAGUAGUGUGGUAAAAACGAAGGAGAGUUAUUUUUGGAUAGCGCUUCAAGAUCAAAAUGAUACAGGAGAAUACACUUGGAAGACGGCGGGGGGGCGGAAGUCUGAGCCGGUGCAGUACGCUCACUGGAAUGCACAUCAGCCUCGCUACAAUGGUGGCUGUGUUGUCAUGCGAGGAAGGAGUCCACCUGGUCGCUGGGAAGUGAAGGACUGCAGACACUUUAAGGCAAUGUCCCUGUGUAAGCAACCAGUGGGAAAACAGGAGAAAACGGAGCAGGAAGAGAGAUGGCCCUUUCACCCCUGCUACUUGGACUGGGAAUCAGAGCCUGGCUUGGCCAGCUGCUUCAAGGUAUUUCAUAGUGAAAAAGUCCUGAUGAAAAGAACAUGGAGAGAAGCAGAAGCAUUUUGUGAAGAAUUUGGAGCUCACCUUGCAAGCUUUGCCCAUAUUGAGGAAGAGAAUUUUGUGAAUGAGCUUUUACAUUCAAAAUUUAAUAGGACAGAAGAAAGGCAGUUCUGGAUUGGAUUUAAUAAAAGAAAUCCACUGAAUGCUGGCUCUUGGGAGUGGUCUGAUGGGACUCCUGUUGUCUCUUCAUUUUUAGACAAUACUUAUUUUGGAGAAGAUGCAAGAAAUUGUGCUGUUUAUAAGGCAAAUAAGACAUUGCUGUCCUUGCACUGCAGUUCCAAACGUGAAUGGAUAUGCAAAAUUCCAAGAGAUGUGAGACCCAAGAUUCCACCCUGGUACCAGUAUGAUGCUCCCUGGCUCUUUUACCAGGAUGCGGAGUACCUUUUUCAUACCUAUGCUGCGGAAUGGCCCUCCUUUGAGUUUGUCUGUGGCUGGCUGCGUGGUGAUCUUCUCACAAUUCAUUCUGCACAUGAGCAAGAAUUUAUCCACAGCAAAAUAAGAGCGCUAUCAAAGUAUGGUGUAAAUUGGUGGAUUGGACUUCGAGACGAAAGAGCCAAUGAUGAAUUUCGCUGGAGAGAUGGAGCACCAGUAAUAUAUCAGAACUGGGACAAAGGAAGAGAAAGAUCUAUGAAUAAUCAGAGCCAGAGAUGUGGUUUCAUUUCAUCCAUAACAGGACUCUGGGCUAGUGAAGAGUGUUCAGUUUCUAUGCCUAGCAUCUGUAAGCGAAAGAAGGUUUGGGUCAUAGAGAAAGAGAAAGAUACCCCAAAACAACAUGGAACAUGUCCUAGAGGAUGGCUAUAUUUUAACUAUAAGUGCCUUUUGGUGAAAAUCCCCAAAGACCCAAGUGAUUGGAAGAACUGGACAUCCGCUCAAGAUUUCUGUGUUGAAGAAGGGGGAGCACUAGUCGCCAUUGAAAAUGAGGUGGAGCAAGCUUUCAUUACUAUGAAUCUUUUUGGUCAGACCACUAAUGUGUGGAUAGGGUUACAAAAUGAUAAUUAUGAAAAAUGGGUAAAUGGAAAGCCUGUGGCAUAUUCUAACUGGUCUCCAUCUGAUGUAAUAAACAUUCCAAGUCAUAACACCACUGAAGUUCAAAAACAUAUUACUCUCUGUGCCUUGCUAUCAAGUAAUCCUAAUUUUCAUUUCACUGGAAAAUGGUAUUUUGAAGACUGUGGAAAAGAAGGUCAUGGGUUUGUUUGUGAAAGAAUACAGGAUCCCUCUGGACACAGCAUAAAUACAUCUGAUAUGUAUCCAGUCCCCAAUACCUUGGAAUAUGGGAACAGAACUUACAAAAUAAUUAAUGCAAAUAUGACUUGGUAUACAGCAAUAAAAACCUGCCUAAUGCAUGGAGCAGAAUUGGCCAGCAUUACAGAUCAGUAUCACCAGUCCUUCCUCACUGUUAUCCUCAACCGGCUAGGACAUGCCCACUGGAUUGGACUAUUCACUGCAGAUAAUGGUCUUAAUUUUGACUGGUCAGAUGGAACCAAAUCUUCCUUCACUUUUUGGAAAGAUGAUGAGUCAUCCAUCUUGGGUGACUGUGUUUUUGCUGACACCAGAGGGCGCUGGAGUAGCACAGCCUGCGAGUCAUUUCUUCAAGGAGCAAUUUGUCAUGUACCUACUGAAACAAAACCAUAUGGACAUCCAGAGUUGUGCUCAGAAACUUCUAUUCCCUGGAUAAAAUUCAAAAGUAAUUGCUACAGUUUUUCUACAGUCCUAGACAGUAUGAGUUUUGAAGCUGCUCAUGAAUUUUGCAAAAAGGAAGGAUCUAAUCUUUUAACAAUCAAGGAUGAGGAUGAAAAUUCAUUUCUCCUAGAAGAGCUUUUUGCUUUUGGUUCUUCUGUCCAGAUGGUUUGGUUGAAUGCUCAGUUUGAUGGUGACAAUGAAACCACAAAGUGGUUUGAUGGAACUCCCACAGACCAGUCAAACUGGGGCAUUCGGAAGCCAGAGAUGGAUCAUGUCAAACCCCAUCUAUGUAUUGCCCUGAGGAUCCCCGAAGGAGUAUGGCAGUUAUCCCCAUGUCAAGAAAAAAAAGGAUUUAUAUGCAAAAUGGGAGCAGAUAUUCACCCAGUAAAGGAGCACUCAGGAAAAGGACCAAGUCACAGUAUUGUACCUCUUGCAGUAGCGUUGACACUGACAGGAAUUCUGGCACUUUUCACACUUUCCUUCUGCAUAUACAAGCACAACAGAGGUAUCUUCAGGAGACUUGCACAGUUUAGGAAUCCUUACUACCCUACAGCCAACUUCAGUACGGUACAUUUGGAAGAAAAUAUUCUCAUUUGUGAUCUUGAGAAGAAUGACCAGUAACAAUGAAUUCAGAGAACACUACAGCCCUAAUGAUAAGUAAAGACUUACGAGGAGUCUCCCCUGCAUUUUCCUUUACAUACCAGAUGCCACUAUAAUGUGAAUUGUGUCACUAUUUUAAUUAUUCUUAAACUGAUUACUGGUUUUGAACUGUAACCAAAUCAGAUGGGUGUUGAUUUAUUCAUUUCCCCAAACUGUGAUCUAUUCUUAAAAUGGGGAAAUUAUACAAUGGUUACUAGUCAGAAAACAAGAACUAUUAAAAAUAACCCCCUAUUGAAGACUCUCGAACCAAUGUGAAUAGCAGGUUUUGUAUUAAUAUGUUUCUACUGAAAUUUAAAAAGAAUUUUCAAACUAAUCUGAUAUCUAUUCAGACAUUUACUCACACUCAUUCCAUUAAAAAAGAGAGGAAGCAAAACAAAUUUUAAAACUCUAUGCUUGUAUACAAGAUGAAAAGUUAAAGGUCUCUGAGAGGUUUCUUGUUUGUUUUCUAAUUCAAUCAUUUUAACAUCAGGGCUUAGAAAACAAAUUUCUAAGCUUAAAACUCACACAUUCUGGGCUCUAAACUAAUAUUUAGGGUGAUAUUUGUUUUUAUUAGUUCUGACUUCUCAAACUAAAGAAGAAAAAUUACCUGUCUUUAAAUAGGGAAGAUCUUGGUUAGCAUAAUGUGGCCUAAAACCUUCAUUUACUAAAUGAUGACUGUUUGUUAUUUUAAAAUAUAGAUAAGCUUAAAGGAAUUUAUUGAAGUUUUGCUAUUGUCAAAACUCAUGGCCUUUAUUAAAACUAAAGGUAUAAAGUAAUAUAUAACUCUCCUAACAACUAAAAAAUACAACAUAUAAUUUAAAUGUAAAGGGGGAAAAAUGAAGAUAUGAAUUACAGUACCAUUAGAACCACACUAGAAGAUAUAUUGAGAAGUACUAAAUAAAUGACUCUCCAAUUAUAAUCUAGAUACCUUUGCUAUAUAAACAGGUUUAUGUGGGGUAUUCUAUUUAGUAAACUAUGGCUCUUAAGAACCAUCUGUUUGUGUUGGACUAGUUAAUGCUGUUGGUAAAUAAUGAUUAAUAGCAUGAUACUGUCCACAAAUUGAAUAUCACAGAUUUGACUUUCCUUCACAAAUUUCUCAUUAUGGAAAAGUGACUUCAGAAUCAACAUUUUAAAGUUUACGCAUUCCAUAACUAUUCCCUGCAUUCCUAUGAAAAACCACGUGCCAUUCUAGAAACUGGAUGGAUUGGGGUGAGCAAAUUAAUGAGAACUUGUUUUUAUGUCACUUAUUUUCCAAUGAGAGAAAAGUGAGAGAAAUCCAGUAAAGAAGUUCAUAAGUAGAAAAUACCAGGUGGUUAUGAAAAUUAAGUAAGGUCUUGUGAUAGAGAAGAACUGGGGGAAUCUCAAGGCCUCCCCAGAGUGUGCGUUUUAAUUAUUACAUCCUGCUGCCCUGAAAACUAGUGGCCACUAGUCACAAGGUGGAACUCUGGGAGGAAGGAUGAGUGAAUCUCUAAGUGAAAAGCCAUCAUCCUUAGAAAUAGAAUUUGAUGAAUAUACCCUAAGAGUGGAGUCCUCGUGGCCUGAAACAGUUAAUACAGCUUCCAAAAGUGGCUCUUUGCUACUGGUGUGUAGCUUACACACUAGGACGAUCUACUUCCAUAAUUUUUUUUUAAGUUUUGAGACUUCAUUUUUUAAAAGAUAUUCUAUUAUGUAGCAGUUGUCUAUUUAGAAGUCACAAGAAUAAUUGCCUUGAACUAACCAGGUGGUAUAAAAGCCUGAUUUAACAAUCUGUCAAGUGAAAUUAAAGUUCUAUUCUUUUCAGUGGGCUUGGUAAAAACUGCUAAUCAAUUAUCCUUCUAGUCAAGGUAUAUUGAAGUGGAAUAGUCACACAUAGCAAUUUGACAAAGUAUGUCAUUAAUAAAGUGGUUUUGCAGAAAGAAAUUGCUCUGUUUGUCAAUGCUCUGUACUUUGCUAUUUAGUAUUGAGCUACAUUUCUGGAGAAUCUGUCCCCAUGGACAAGAUCAUGCACUCUUUCCCAUUACUGAAAUUUCAGAAAUAGAAAGUACUGAAAUAUUAUGUUUUAUUUAUAGAUGUGCACUUUAAAAAACUUUUGCACAUCUAUUUUUAAUCUGAACUAGAUU